AUGCCUGUCCGCUACGAAAGCGUCACCGCCAACCCCGAGCCCUUGGCGCGGCCCCUAACAUUCCCCUUCUCCAACAAGACGGCCAAGAAUCGCCUCCUCAAGAGUGCCAUGGCCGAGAACCUCGCGACCUGGAGCGGGACUGAUCCCUCCAGGCGGGGCAUCCCCACGCCGGAGCUCGUCGAGAUCUACCGCCGGCCAUCCAGCUGGGGCGAGGGACCCAACAGCUUCGGCGUCAUCGUCACGGGCAACAUGGACGUUGAGUUCGACUAUAUGACCAGUGUCGGCGACAUGAUCGUCACGCCCGAGUGCGAGCCAGUCGGCGAGCGCUUUGAGGGUUUCCGCGCCGUCGCCGCCGCGGGCAAGGCCCACGGCAGCCUGAUGCUUCCACAAAUCACGCACGCCGGGCGGCAAGUGAAGAAGAAGAUCCAGCCGAGCCCCAUCUCCGCCUCGGCCAUCCAGCUGGGACCCAAGAUGGGCAUGGAGUUCGGCGCGCCCCGCGAGGCGACCAAAGCCGACAUCGAACGCGUCGUCGAGGGCUUCGCUCACGCGGCCGAGUACCUCGAGAAGGCAGGCUUCGAUGGCAUCCAGGUGCACGCGGCGCACGGCUACCUCGUCUCGCAGUUCCUCUCGCGCACGACCAACCAGCGCGCCGAUGAGUACGGCACCCAGACGCUCGAGAACCGCACGCGGCUCAUCGCCGAGAUCGGGCGCGCCGUCCGGGCGCGCACGUCGCCCGGGCUCAUCCUGUCGGCCAAGCUCAACAGCGUCGAGUUCCAGGACGGCGGCGUUACGCCCGACGAGGCGCGCGAGCUGUGCGGACAGCUGUCGGAGCUCGGGUUCGACUUCCCCGAGAUCUCGGGCGGAACGUACGAGGACGUCGGGUUUGAUUGGGUCAGGGACAGCACCCGCCAGCGCGAGGGCUUCUUCCUCGAGUUCGCCGACACCGUCGUCAAGGGAUUGGGGGACGACGCCGGGGCGCGCCGGACCAAAGCGUACAUCGUGGGUGGCAUGCGGUCGGUUGGGGCCAUGGUCAAGGCUCUUGACGUCGUCGACGGCGUGUCCCUGGCCCGGCCGGCCGCGCACGAGUUCCGCAUCGCGUCCGACAUCCUCGAGGGCCGCAUUUCAGGCGCUGUCCGGCCCGUCGACAUGCUCGAGGCCGACUUCGGCUUCGAGAUGGCGGCGGCCGGCGCCAACAUGCGCCUCGUCAGUAAAGGUAGAGAGCCGUUCGACGUCAGCGACCCGGCGGCGGUCCAGGUGUUUGCAGGAGACGUGCAGGCCUGGUAUGGCGACAUAGUUGCAGACGGCGACAGGCUGGAACAUCACGGAGCCGCCGACUUUUCCGGCGAAACUCGACCAUACGACGCAACUGCUGCGGCUUGA